AUGGGCCGCUCGGGGCGAGACUUCAGUCCUUUGCGUAUUUCCCCCUCUGCCCCUUUUGUUCUACUCUACUACAUUUUCCCUCGAGCACAUCAUUUAACCUUCAGGCCACUGCCCACUCUCAACCAACCUCCGCCGGUUCAGACGCCUGUAUACGGAGACAAAUUUCCGGGAACUCGGAAUAAGACCUCACUCGAUCUCGAUCUACAUCACCAACUCCUCGACAAGGAAUUCAAACCCACGUGCUGCUUUCAAGCUCAAAUUGUCUCACAUCUCGACUCCGACAUUCCUCAAUCACGGAGCCAGCCAGAACACAUUUCUCGCCGUACUCCAAAUCUCUGCCUCGAGUCUCUCCGGCCCAAUUCACGUGGAGCAAGAGGGACAUCCACAACCAUGGUGAAACCAAACGACGCCAUCGCCAUCAUCGUCAUUAUCCUCUUCGUCGUCCUCGCCCUCGUCGCCUUUGCAAUCUACCGUCUCGUCCAUACCGCGCGCGACGGCAUGAAGAAAACCACGUUGCCCAUCCGGCUUGGUUAUGCGCCGACGCUGAGUCGUACACAAUCUCCAAAGCGGGGUUCUCCCAUGUACGACUAUGGCAGUCGUCAACAUGGGAUGGUGUUUAUGAGCAUUUCGAGUGACGACACGCAGCCAACCGCCCAUCGCUGGCUCCUGGGGAUCAAGGGCGCACGAAUAUUGACGGACAUCAUGGGCGUUUCAAUCAUCUACGAUUGUGCGUUUCGCUACCAUUUAUCAUCAAGAACAUUUAUCAUGACUCUGUGA